GAAAGAGACGCCCCGAAUUGUGCGCUUUGCUUACACAGAUUUUACAACAAAUUCCAGCAAGAUCACUGCUAGAUGUUCGAUAUGUAAACGAACCAUUGAGGAGAAGACCGGGACAACCUCAAACUUCAACAGACAUCUGUCAAGGAUGCACCCAGAAAAGUUUCAAGAAUACCGUGCCUCCACUGCUUCAGAUGUGAUGCCAGCUGCUUCAGGUCAGAAGACUAUCACAUCAUUUUUAAAUGAUGGACAGCAAAGGAUGUACGACCUCAAACAUCCACGUCAGAAGGCUAUAAGUGAUGCCCUUGUAAAAGAUCUAAUCAUUAAGUGCUGCUUGCCACUCUCCAUCGUUGACAACGAGGACUUCAAGCACUUCCUGCAUGUCCUGGACCCUCAGUACCGGCCCAUAGCAAGAUCCACAAUUUCCUCUGUGACCAUUCCAGGAAUGGUGGAAGUCAAGAAAGAACAGAUAAAGAACCAGCUGGCAGAAGCAUCGAGUGUUGCUGUUACCACAGACAUUUGGAGUGAUCGAAAGAUGCGGUCAUUCCUUGGAGUGACAGCACACACAUAUGCUAAGCUUAAAGAACUGAUCGAAGUUCUUGAUCCGUUCUUAGAGGCAACCAACCUAACUCAGGGUGAGACUACUGUCACCGUCAGUGUGAUUGUGCCCUGUGUCCUCACUCUGCGCUGUCACCUGCAGGAAAUAAGAGGAAAAGCCAGAUACUGUGGGCCUCUGGUGAGAGCUCUGGAGAGCUCCUUGAAAACAAGGUUUGCAGAGGUUUUCAGUGCAGUCAAGAUACCAGGAUGUGAGCCAGCUGAAGGAAGAGGCCCUACCAAAUUUCCUUUCACCAAUGCCUACUUCAUAGCAUCUGUGUUGGACCCAGCAUUUGGCUUCCAGUGGCUAGAACAUGAUGUGCAGCUGGACAGUGACAUCAGAGAUGUGCUGAAGACUGAGAUCAAAGAGUAUAUAAAGGCAGAGGGUGACAAGCAAGCGGUAUCAACAGCAGAUGCAGCGGAAGCAACAGGACCAGGGGAAGGUGAACUUUCAGAGUCUCCUCCUGAGAAGCAGUUGAGAAUGUUCUCCCACUAUAGGAGGACUCCCUCCUCCACCGAGAAGAAGCCGUCUGGCCAGGCUCAGUUGACUGCAUACCUCAACUUGAUCGCUGAGCAGGACUCUGACUCAGUCCCGUGCCUCAGGUUUUGGCAGCAAAACAAAUCCAAAUUCCCUACCCUCUAUCAGAUUGCCACACAGGUAUUCUCUAUCCCUGCCUCCAGUGCGCCCAUUGAAAGGGUAUUUAGUCAUGGAGGCAUUUUGAUGAGGCCUCACCGUGCAAGGUUGAGUAGUUCCAUGCUGUCAGAUCUUAUGUUUUUGAAAUGCAACGUGUAUGCUUAAAACUAGUGCCACCAGCCUUUUGUUCCUAACUAUUCCUGAGAGACAAUGUCUUUUGACUUGUUUUUAUGAAUGUAUUGUAUGCUGUGGAACUUACUUCUGUAUACUGUUUCCACCAUUUGCUAAUAUCAUGCUAUUUACAGCUAUCAAUGUGUUUUGAAGCACAUCCAAUGUUCAAAAUGUCAAAGAAAUUCAGACUGUUCUAAAAAUGUGUGUGUGCGCGCAUGCUUGCGCGUGCAUGUGUGCGAGUGUGUGGGUGUGCAUUUGUUUGGCUAUCGUGUCACAAAGUAAAUAAACUCCCUUUGUAA